AUGAGAUCGACAGAAUCCAUUGGUCACCUAAACGGUCAUAGUGCAUUGUCGAACAGACUCAUUCUCCGGGGUCGGCCCGUAAAGGUUGAUGGCCAUGUGGAACUGCUAUUGCCAAGUGUUGGAGAGGAUCGCCGAAUGGAUAUGUGGAUAUCAUGGAGCACUGGUCUGAACCACAUUGGGAUCAAGGUCGGGAGCGAGACCAUACAUGCAAGCGGUGGACCUUCGCAGUACUCACAUUCGAAUUUCCUAUUGAACAGCAUGGCUCCGCAGCAUCUACCAGACGGAGGAAUCCAGUCACCACACGGAAAGAAUGCUAGUACAUGGGUGGCUCGGUUGGAAAUUUCCAAGUUUGAGCUUAUCGGUGCAGAAGUAUCACUCGCAUUCCCAGGUUUAAAGCUAGUCGUCGAGAGAGAAGAAGGCGAGGAAAAAUUAACCCCACCUUACAUGAUGUCUAACACCACCUGGACGCUCGCCGCCGUUAACAGGAGAGGACUACCGGCUCUCCCACACGACUUAUUGCUACAUAUAUACUCGUUCCUAGACGUUGCAGACGCGGUCGUCUUGGCAAAGACAUGUAGAUCACUUCAUGGUUUCACAGCAUCGCGGGCAGCUUGGCUCACACUUGCCCGUACCUUGGCUGCAUCAAAGGCCAUAUCAUUGCCUACUGAAAAGCAGUUGACCACAAUGCCCGCAGACUUGACAACCGAAGAGAUGCGAGCCAUGGUCAAGCGAACGACAAAGCUUGCCCAUAAUCUCAGUCAUACAAAUCCAGUUCUCAGCUCUAUUGGGUCUCUUGCUCUGCCGGAAGUGGCUACCGUCGUACAUUCUACCCUCCUCCCUGGCGCUCGUUUCUUGCUCACAGCCCAACACGGAGGUACCUUUGCUGUCUGGGACCUCGCAUCACUCGAGCCUACUUCCACAUCACACCCUCCCUCUUUCCCUCGUCGCCGAAGCAUGCGAACUCAGACGAAUAGUGCAGAUGGGAUAGACGUCGAAACGGGGUCUGAGCCCGACAAUGAUAUGCACCCCGAGUACGAUACCACCCAGCCUCACAAUGAACUACGACGGCCACGAUGUAUUGCUGCUUGGGAAACGAAAGCUGAAUAUGUCGAAUUUGCAUAUGACCUCGUGCCUGGUGGCGUGCUCGUUGCAUUGAUGGUGGCAGUCCAGGUGGGGCAGAACCCCCCUGUUCUAAAGCGUGACAUGUAUGUUGUCCGCAUUGACCUACCCACUUCGACUGAAUCAACAUCUGUGCUACCGGGACAGUAUCCUAACCCACCUAGCCCAUUCAAUUCUUCCGCUCCUUCCCUCUUCCCUGGCUGUCACCAUGGCCUUCAGUUCAUCGCCCACUCUCCUCUUCGUCAGCCCGUCUUCAUCUCUACAACAUUCAUUAGUGCUGCUGGCCAUGCCGGAAUCCUCGGUGACAUUCCAGACACCAUGGUUGUCUUCAUUCUUCUGUUUGAUCCCAACGUCCCCUUGGUUUCCAGCCUACCCUUGUCACCCUCACCAAGUUUAGAGCAUCCAAUCAGGUGCGCUUCUUCACUCGUUCAUUGCGGUUUCAAGAUUGCCCCGGGGAUGAGAUAUACUGCCCUUGGUACUUCGACCCAUGUCCUUCUCUACGCCGAAUCUCCUUCCAAGAUUAUUUCUCGCCGUAUUGAGGUGCAGUCGUUACGCAGGCGUUGGGCUGCAAGCACUAUUCCUGUCACAACCCCCGUUCAAUGCGUUGACCUUGGUAUCAAAGCAUUGAGAGCGCCCCGUUCUCGUGAUUUCAUUGGUUCACCUGGAACUGAGGGCGCACCGCUAUUUACAACUGUGCGAGCAAUGCUUCGCAGGGCCAACCCAAAAUGGCUCCUACAAAGUUCUAGUGAUGCCCUGGGCCAGUCUUCAGAUGCCAAAGUACGUAGGCGUUGGGGUCGACGUGCUGGGCCUGCUCGGAAGAAAAGUAUGCCCGAGACCGUCUGUGCGUUGGGUUUGUCUGUGGAUGUUGAAGAUAGGAGGGCCGAUAUUUUCCGUGGCAUUGUCUUGGGAGCUCAUGAGGUUGCACUGGACAGUGAAGAAGAGCCCGAGGAUUCUGGAGAUGACGAGGACCUGGCAACAAGCGCUGGCUUCGGAUACAGGACUCAAUUGACUCCUGGAAGCAUUCUGUCGACGCAGGCCGAUUCAUAUAGUAUGCCCACUCCCUCUCAGUCUUCGCUUUUGGAGCCUACCCAGACCGAAGCCUCUUCUUCAUCUUCUCCCUCGAGCCCCAUCUUACCCCUCCGUCGCGCGUUCCGCCGUGUCUGCCGGGUGAGGUACAAGCGAACAAUCUUCCCGGCACAUGUCAAUUAUGCUCAUGAACUAGCUGGGAUGGGUUCAUUUGGGCGAUACGCGGCCUGGAUUGAGGGCGACGGCAUACCCGAGGAGGUGGAUUGGCAAAAGGAGUCUCUCCGAGUUGUGGUAGCACCCCUUGUGCCGGAAACCGGCGCUGAGAAGUAUUCCAAUCUGGCCAAUGAGGACCCAAGCAAGGCUGAAACAGCGAUUCGCCAAGCCGCAGGGUCGUUGGCACGGGUUUUGCAUGUUCCAAGCGCCCUUCAAUCCAAGUUAAAUAUGGUAUCAUGUUUGGCAUUUGAGGAUGCGACGGGUGUGCUCGCGUUGUCCACUAUCGAGGGGCAGGUGCAUGUAUUUGGUUUGGCGGCUUGA